AUGGACGAGUUCCUCUACUGUUACAAGCCUUCUGAGAUCAAUCAGUCCCUUGGCUUUUAUCAAUUCACAGCCAGAGGGAAAGAUUAUAGAUUGAUUAAGUCCGUAGUUUCCUCGGAUAGGAACUGGAAGACGGAGUUCUUCUUCGUCUCAGGUUUCUGGGCUGGACGCCCACACGAGGUUUCUCAAGACCCAUUUCCUCCCUACACAGGAGAGUUAGGGAACCUUCGUCCUGAAGGAAUAGCUACAAUGAAGGAAAAUAAGGGUAAAGAAGUUGUGAACGAGGCUGUUGCCACUGGGCAGAACGCACCUCAGUCUCACCCGUCCGUAGGUGAGAAAAGAAAAAACUUAUCACUGGGAGUUGACCUGGGCAAUCUUCCCAGCAGGCGCAGGGAGAAAAAGGUCAAACAUAAGUCGUCCAAGCCCAAAGACAUUCAACCUGCGCCUACUGUUCAUGAGCCUGAAGACGUCCAAAUCCUAGAUUCUGAGCCCAAAGAUUCACCCAUGCAAGUCCCGUCCAUAGUCAAGACGCCGUCCACGUCUCAGCCUUCUCCCCAAGCACCUCAAUACCUCAUUGGGAACGAGGAUCUGGCUUGGGAAAGAUUUAAGAUGGCUGUGACUGAUGAGGACGUGUCUGCCUGUUACAACAUGUCUUUGAAGGACUUCGAGCAUUCUGGGGUUCAUGAUCUUUUCAAGGCCAUGUCCAAGUUCAUUGUUGCGUCUAGGCAAGCAACUGAUCUUGACAAGACGAGGAUCUUGUUAGAGAGGAGAAUCAAGGAAGUAAAGGACGAGAGCAAACGCUGGGCUGAGGCAGUUGCUAAAGCCAACGAAGGGGCAAAGGAGCUGCGAAAUCAAAUUCAAGAGAUGAAGACUGAUGUUGUGGAGAAGGAAACUCGUCUUGAUCACUUGCAAAAGAAGAAUGACGAGUUGAGUGAUCUUCUCAAGAAGGCCAAAGAAGACGCAGUUGCAGAGUUCAAGGCAUCCAAUCAGUUCACUGAUCUGCUGGAUACUAACUAUGCGGCUGGGUUUGAGGACUUCAGGAUGGACGCCGUCGAGAACUUCCCCAACAUUGACUUCAGCUUUAUUAAGCUCAAUCUCAGUGGUGCUCCUACCAGCUCCCUCCUCCAGACGAGCUCAGAAGACGUUAAUGUGGAGGAUGAUGCUACAACCCAGCCACUUCAGGACGAGCAGAACAAAGAUACCCCACCAGCCUGA